AUGGCGCUUGGUCGAAGUAACAAGCGUAAGCAAUUAGAAGCGCGAUACCAACGUUUUAACGUAUCUAGUCUUCAGCAAGCGGCUUGCCAAGCCGUUAGUGCAAACAAAUAUAUAUCUUUUAAGAAGAUCGGCAAAGGCAACUACAACAAGGCAUAUCGCCUUAAGAUAGAAGACGGCCGGAAGAUCAUCAUAAAAGUCCCACACUCUAACGCUAGCCCACGAAUACUUACCACGGCCUCGGAAGUAGUAACUAUAGAGUUUGCCCAGACCGUUUUAAACAUACCCGUCCCACGACAGGUUCUUUCAUUACGGAGGAAAUAUAAUAUUGUUCGUAAGUUUAUAGACGUUAAAAGGAAACUACUCUCAGUCUCCUUUGAAAAUAUCGCAGGAUGCGAGCCGGCUGUUGUUACUAGUGGUCCGCAAGAUGUCAUCAGUCACGUCAAAUCAACUUAUUGCAUUGGACCCAUCACUCGAAGAGAGUUCUGGGAGAAACAACGCAGUGAAAUGCCAUAUCAUGGCCCCUGGACAUCUUCUAAGGAAUACCUAAAGUCUGUCGCUCGCCGUGAGAUCGAAUGGAUCAAUGCCCAUGCGGACCCACAGGAGCCGAACAAAACUCCAUGGCAGUACACGAGUCCACAUCAGAAGUCUCCAGAGGCUCACAAAGCCUUUUUGGAAAAAUUUCUAGCUGCAAUUCCGUAUAUCACUCCCAAGGACCCAGAGCUCGCCUCUCCCAGACUUUGGCACCCAGACUUCCAUGCUGGUAACAUUUAUGUCGACGAGGAAGCCCGGAUAUCAUGCAUCAUUGACUGGCAGGGAGCAUGGACGGCCCCGGUGUUUAUCGGAGCCAAUCCUCCGUUGCUUCUAGACUAUGGGAUUGAUAUGUUGAUGAAACUUCCUGAAAACUUCAAAGCACUCGACAAUGCUACAAAAGAGAAGCUCAGAUACCAAGUAUCUCAGUCAGUCUUAGUUUACACGUAUGAAACAUCUACGGCGGAAAAGAUCCCUCUGAUGUACAAGGUCAUGCGACAUCCCCAUGGUCAGACCCUCAAGCAAUUAGAAGCUUUUGUUGGCUCUACCUGGGACAACUGUCUCUUUCCUUUUGAAGGAUGUUUGAUUCGGGUUGAGAGUGAAUGGGAUCACUUUGGUACUAACGAAACAUGUCCGUACCAUUUUUCAGCAGAGGAGAUACAGCAACACAACGAAGAAGCAGGGUCUUUCAACAAGAGUCAGGAAUUUUGGAAAGAGUUACAAGGUUUCUUGACCGAUGAGGGCUACACGCCGAAGGAGAGUUCCGGUAAGGCUGUCAAGAUACUCAAAGAUUUGCGAGAAGUCGGGCUAGGCGACUUGAAGGGCGAGGAACGAAACAAUUUCGACAAAGAGACGCGAUGGGUUGCAGAUCUCGAUGAGCAUAGCAUCUAG